AUGGCUACUUCAAACCAUUCUUUAGAGACUGAGUUUAUCCUUGAAGGGCUGACAAAACGAUCAGAGCUUCAGUUGCCUCUCUUUCUCCUCUUCCUUGGAAUAUAUGUGGUCACCGUGGUAGGGAACCUGGGCAUGAUCCUCUUAAUUACUAUCAGUCCUCAACUUCACUUUCCAAUGUAUUUCUUUCUUAGUCAUUUGUCCUUCAUCGAUCUCUGCUACUCCUCUGUCAUUACCCCUAAGAUGCUGGUGAACUUUGUGUCAGAGAAGAACAUUAUCUCCUUUUGGGAGUGCAUGACACAGCUUUAUUUCUUCCUUAUUUUUGUGAUUGCAGAAGGCUACCUUCUGACGGCUAUGGCAUAUGACCGCUAUGUUGCUAUCUGUAGCCCGCUGCUUUAUAAUGUUAUCAUGUCCAAUAGGGUCUGUUCUAUAAUGAUGGCUGUGGUAUAUUCUCUGGGGUUAUUUGGGGCUACAGUGCAUACUACCCGCAUGUCAAUGUUGUCUUUCUGUGGGUCUCAUAUUGUCAGUCAUUAUUUUUGUGAUAUUCUCCCCUUGUUGACUUUGUCCUGCUCUAACACCCACAUCAAUGAGAUCCUGCUGUUCAUUAUUGGAGGAGUUAAUACCUUAGCACCAACACUGGCUGUCCUCGUCUCUUAUGCUUUUAUCCUCUCUAGUAUUCUCCGCAUUCGCUCUGCUGAGGGGCGGUCCAAAGCCUUCAGCACAUGUAGCUCCCAUCUCAUGGCGGUGGGCAUCUUUUUUGGGUCUAUAACAUUCAUGUAUUUCAAGCCCCCUUCCAGCAAUACUAUGGAACAGGAGAAGGUGUCCUCUGUGUUCUAUACCACAGUGAUUCCCAUGCUGAACCCUCUCAUCUACAGCCUGAGAAACAAGGAUGUGAAGAAUGCACUGAGAAAGGUGGUUGGGGAUAGGUAUAGGUAG